GUCCGCCCGUCACGUAGGUUUCGCUCAGGUCGAUCGCAAGCAGUCUAGUGCCAUGAGAGCGUCGGUGGUGUUGGUGCUUGCUGUGGUGCUCAGGGUGCGCGGCCAGCAGCAACCGCAGCAGCAGGUGUUCGCCAGGACCGAGCUGUACGAUGAGCAGCUCCUCAUGCAGCAAUUGCAGAUCGACCAGCAGCAAGUCCAAGCACAACUCCAGAAUUUGCAGCUGGAGCGGCAGUUGGCACCAAGGGGUUCUGCCGAGGCCCAGAGGCUUGACAACCUGCAGGCCGAGCUGCUGUUCCGUUUGCAGGAGGACUCUUUCCAGUUCCAGGAACUGCAAAGACUCCUUCAAUUGAGAGUUUUGCAGCAAACGCCAACCUCGACCUUUACUUUCGUGCGAAGACAAACAAGUCCGAAUGCUUUCCCGCCCCCGCAGCCCCCGCGACGGCCUCCUCCGCCGAACCCUGCAGCGAUCGGACAGCCGCCGCUGUCGGGCUUCAGUCAGUUCCAGCGGCCGCAAACAGCCUUUCCUGCCAGGCCGCCCGCACCCGGCAUCCCCCAGCAGAGCAAUUUCAACCCCCAGCAGCGACCGCAGAACCAAAACCCACCACAACAAAGCAGCCCCAACGACGGUGCCCCUGCGUGUCGGACGACGCGUGGCGAAACGGGACGCUGCACCCCUCUGGUCGCGUGCGCCGUCUUUUACGCUGACAUUCCCGAGCUGCGCAAACAACCCUGUCCGUUAGGGCCGCCGGGACAAUUUGGAGUCUGCUGCCCCCCGAGAGACGCAAAUCAACCGAUUCCACCAAGAGAUGAAGGUGGAGUGAAUGAGAAUGGAGUCCUACGUGCACCCUCCCCGCCGAACAUUUUAAUUCCUCAGAUCAGUCCUGCGCAGCUGCAGAACGCUGGCCAGAAGGGUGUUGAUGCUCUCAGGGCUCGUCUUGAGUUUGUGGCCCGACUUUUUGCAAUGGGCAUCAUUGUGACGCCGCAGAGUCCAGCCAGCGGCCACCAAGAGUUCUUCCAAACUGAUAACGCAACCCUGAAGCAAGGUGAAAACGCGCAAAGUGGAGUGGACGCUUCAAUUUCUCUCAUUCAGGAUUUGCAGCUCACUCCAGAACAAGGUACAUUCGCCCUUCCGGCCUUCUCCCUGCUGAACACCAUCAUCGGUGACACGUGCCCACCAGAGGUGAAGUGUGACCCUUCCCGAAAGUACCGUUCGGCCGACGGCUCCUGUAACAACCUGAUCGACGGCCGGUGGGGUCGCCGAGGCGUUGCCCUGCAACGCAUCUUGCCACCAAAAUAUGGAGACGGAGUCAACUCUCCUCGCACAGGAGUUGCUCUGCCCACGGCCCGCGAAGUCAGCCAACGACUCACAACCGGAGGGGCUCCCGACACACCUGACGACAGCCUCACUCUGCUCGUUAUGCAGUGGGGUCAGUUCUUGGAUCACGACCUGACGCACACCCCUAUUAGUAAAGGUCCAACUCAAAGUGGAAUUGCUUGUUGCACCAAUGGAAAGAUCAAUGACAUUGAUCGAAGACACCCUGAUUGUUUCCCGAUCGGUUUGCCGACGCAAGAUCCUAUUUUCGGACCCCUGGGUGAGCAAUGCAUGGAAUUUGUCCGGUCUCUUCCUGCACCUAGACCACAGUGUAACUUUGGUCCUCGCGAGCAAAUGAACCAAAUCACGGGCUACAUUGACGGAUCAAACGUUUACGGUUCCAAUCAGGAUCAACAAGAUGCCCUGAGACUUUUCCAAGGUGGUUUCCUUCGCGCCCAGCAGACUCGAAGAUCCACCCUUCUCCUACCUGACAACAGAAAUGAGUGCAGUAGUGGAGGGUUGUCGUGUUUCCGCGCUGGCGACGGUCGCGUCAAUGAGCAGCCGCAACUAACGGUGACGCACACGGUGUGGCUCCGAGAGCACAACCGGCUGGCGGCUGCUCUGGGAGAGAUGCACCCUAAGUGGAGCGACGAAGCCAUCUUUCAAGAGGCGAGGCGAAUUGUAGUUGCGCAGAUGCAGCACAUCACCUACAACGAGUGGCUGCCCAUUAUCCUUGGUCGUGAGCGAAUGGAUCUGUUGAGGUUGUCACCUCAAGAGAACGGUGGUACUCGACUUUACGACGAGACGUUGAACGCUGGAAUCACCAACGUGUUUGCCACGGCUGCUUUCCGCUUCGGGCACUCCCUCAUCCGCGACUCCAUCCAGACGUUCAGCCAAUUUGGCACAAUCAAAGAAGACCUGCCUCUGCACCGCAACCAGUUCUCGCCGUUCGUGUUGUACAAAGAGGGUGCCUUCGACGACCUACUCCGAGGUCUUCUGACGCAGACUUGUCAACGCUUCGACAGAUUUUUCUCACGGGAAGUCACCGAUAAACUUUUCCAGGGUUCAUUGCCGUUCGGUCUUGACCUGGUGGCCUUGAACAUUCAGCGAGGUCGUGACCACGGCCUUCCACCCUACAAUGAGUGGCGCUCCGUUUGCGGUUCAAAAAGUGCCACAUCCUGGCGUGACCUCGCCGUUGAGAUGGAGCCUUCGGCAGUGUCGGCUUUGCAGGCUGCUUACGCUGACGUGAACGAGGUUGACCUCUUCCCUGCACUUGUGGCCGAGCGACCUCUCAGGGGUGCCCUGGUUGGACCAACCCUGGCGUGCAUUCUUGGCGAUCAGUUUGUGCGUCUGCGCAGGGGCGACCGCUACUUCUACGAAGAGCAAGGCCAAAACGGAUCCUUCACGCCAGAACAACUGGCAGAGAUCAAGAAAACGAGCCUUUCGCGGAUUUUGUGUGACAACUCCGACGACAUGGUUCGACUCCAGCCCCUUGCUUUCUUCAAAUCAAAUUUCGCGAACCAGAGGGUAGAUUGCACGAGUGACGCCAUCCCCCGACUCAACCUGGCCGCGUGGGCCAACGAGCCAGUGCCCGUUUGAAUAUUAUGUCGAUAAUAAUAAAAGAGUUUUGCCACACGUUUGCAAAAAGCAGCAG